UCCAGGAUCGUGCGGAACGAAAGAUCACGUCGUGCCACGCCCCCCUAUAGCCUUCUAGGCCGACGGAAAGUCGACGCGGACGGCUGAGCGGUCGGUGAGAACGGCUGGCUCAGCACAAGAUACUUGGAAAGAAGACCUGCACCAGUAAACCUAAUGAGCUGCCAGCACUGUGUCUUCGCGCACCCCUCCAUUCGCUUCUCUUACAACAACUUGCUCCGUGGCUUGCCGAGCUGGAGAUUGAGAGGCUGAAAAAGACGGCGCGUGAGUCCUGAACUCAACUAUGCAUUACAUUCGCUUCCUCAAGACGCCCAAAGUGCAAGUCGAUCGAGCGGUCAUACUCCUCAAGGCCGUGGUGACUGUGACCACCGAUUUGGGAGAGACUUUCUACCCCGACGCGCUCGAACUGGUCGCGACAAUACGGUCAGCGGAAGACGAUGGAGAAAUAUACCUGAGGAAGAAGGUGGAGUGGACAAAAAGCGCGCGUUCGGCCGCCAUCGUGUUCGACCUUUCACGACAGGAUAUCGAGUGGCCGGCGUGCGUACAUGUUGGAGUGAGAAACCCGCCUAGAGACUCUGGUUUCCUGCCGCCUAUCUCAGAUGUCUGGAGUGGGACAUUAAACCCCACGAAAGGACAGUUCGAGUCGGGUUGGCGAGUGGAAAGACGAUUCACAUCCUGCGCUGAACGAUCACUGUGUCUUCUCGAGGAUGCGGGUGACAGCAUCGCAAGACAUCUCUGGGACGGCAGCCAGGCUUUGGCGCAGCACAUCGAUCAGACAAUAUCCGGAGGAGAUCAAAGCACAUUGCCACUGCUGGAAUACAUACUCCUCUCUGCUACGUACAGACGAACGAACGUCAUUGAGCUGGGUUGUGGAUGUGGCACGGUCGGAAUCAGUGUUGCUCAGGCCAUUCCUGACUGCGAUGUCGUACUUACCGAUCUUGCUGAAGUCACGGAGUUGGUGGAAGCCAAUAUCGCUCGUAUGAACCCAGCCAUGGGCUCGAAGGUGCGAUUUGAGCCGUUGGAUUGGUUCGAUCCGCUGCCCGAGCGACUACAAAAUCGGAAGAAUGAUCUCAUCAUCGUCUCGGAAUGCACAUACAACACCGACACACUCGAGCCUCUGGUCGGCAUGCUCUGCAAUCUCAUCGUCCGAUCACCAAAAGCUGUGAUCGUCGUCUCGACCAAGACCAGGCAUGACAGCGAGGCAGCUUUCUUCGACCUCAUGAAGAACGCCGGCUUGAUCGAGGAGGGAAGCAUGCGACUGCAGCUACCCGGCAUUCCCGGUCAAGGGUACGCCGACGCCGCGACGGAUGUUGGCAUGCAUGUAUUCCGCGGAAAGGAACAUCGACUGAGCUUAAGUCCACGCAAUCGCAGCGAGGAGGAGGUGCCUACGACAAAGGAGAGAAGAAGCAAAUCACGAUAG